ACUUUUUCUCUUCUACUCCCAGGGCUGAGUGCCUAACUUUCUUGAGAGAGAUAGAGACGUAUAAGCUUGAGAGAUGAUGGAGUGGGAGAAUCAAGAGCACCACGAAAACCAUUCCAGGAGGGACGCCAUCGAUGCUAAUGUCAAUAAUGGUGGAGUUAUGUAUGUGAAGGUCAUGACGGAUGAGCAGCUGGAGACUCUCCGCAAGCAGAUUGCGGUUUACGCCACCAUCUGUGAGCAGCUCGUCGAGAUGCACAAAAACCUCACCACCCAACAGGAUCUCACGGGAGGUAGGUUGGGAAAUCUGUAUUGUGACCCUUUAAUGUUAUCUGCUGGGCAUAAGAUUACUGCUAGGCAGCGGUGGACACCAACACCCGUGCAGCUCCAAAUUCUGGAACGUAUCUUUGAUCAAGGGAUUGGAACUCCAAGCAAGCAAAAGAUCAAGGAGAUAACCUCAGAACUCAGCCACCACGGCCAAAUUUCUGAAACAAAUGUUUAUAACUGGUUCCAAAAUAGACGUGCUAGGUCUAAAAGGAAGCAACUUGUUGCAUCCUCUAACAAUGCUGAGUCAGAAGUAGAGACAGAAGUUGAGUCUCCAGAUGAGAAGAAGACAAUUCCAAAACCGGAGAAUAUUCACCCCCAACAGAACCCCGCUGCCAGGGCUGAAGAUCUCUGCUUCCAGAACCCGGAGAUGACGCCUGAUCUGCAUUUAUUGGGUGUACUUCCAAAUCCAAGAAAAAUAGGGAUGCCAGGGGGAUAUAAUCUCUAUGACCAGUCAGAAGACUACAGUAUGGCAGGAUGAGAUUCAGCUUCAUCUGCCUAUCGUAAAAUUUGUUCAAAAAAGUCAUUAUCAUGACUGCAACUCGCCAACUCCAUUCCGACCACCAUGCUUAACAUUAUUAGUGAAGUCAAUACUUCUAGUUUGAAAAUUACCUGUUAAGUUGGACACAUGUUGAGUACUACUGAUUAUUCUUUUUUCGAAAUUUGAACCUUGAUGUGCUGAUUUGAGCAUUUUCUUUGUAUAUUGUCUAUAGAGAGAACUCCUUAGUCUGCUCUUAGAAGUCCUACUGAAAUUGACAGUGAUACUUUAUUUUCUUUAUUGCUGAGUUUGCAAGGUAAGCUUUCAAACAUACUGUCUAUUUACCUGUGAAUGCAAAUUUUGGUUGGUUGUUGUGAUGUGAUGUAAAAAUCAAUUGAGUCAAUUGCU